AUGACCCAACCCAUUGCUAAGGACCUCAACCACGUUGGUCUUGUUGUUCCAGAUGUUGACAAGUGCUGCGCAUUCUUAGAGGCUAUCUUUGGAAUCAAGUGCAGUGAGCCAAAGAACCUUUGUGGACACCUUAAGAUCCGCUUUGCCAUUCUUAAGAAUGCUGAACUUGAAAUCAUCGAGCCACUUAUCGAAGAUUGCGAUCAUGCCAGAUGGCUUAAGGACCAUCCAAAGGGCGGUAUCCAUCACAUCUGCUUCCAUACAGAAAACCUCAAGGCCUCAACAGAAGCUCUUGAAAAGGCUGGCGUUCGCCCACUUGACCCACGCCCACUCGAACUUCUCGAUGGCAACGCAGUCCAGUUCUUCAACCCAGAUGACUGCUUCGGCAUCUUAACUGAACUCGCUGAAGGUGGCGAUUAA